AUGAUCUUCAAAGACAAAACAAUCAGGUUCACCUGUAACCUGGUCCAGUCAUCCAGGUCUUCGAAGUGUUUCUAUUUUAGCAAGAGAUUGGAGAAGGGUGCCCACAGCUUCUCUGUAGAAGGAAUGUCCAACAUCUCUACGGUAAUGGAAUUCCUCCUGCUGGGGUUCUCGGGGAUCUGGAAACUGCAGCUGGUCCAUGCUGCUCUGUUCCUCCUGGUCUCCCUGGCGGCCCUGACAGGGAAUCUCCUCAUCGUCACCGUCACCGCCCUCGACCUGCACCUCCACACACCCAUGUAUUUCUUUGUCAGCUACCUGGCCCUCAUCGACCUCUGUUUCAUCUGCGUCACCAUCCCCAAGUCUGUCAUCAACUCCCUGACCAACAACAGAUCCAUACGGGCUCGUGGGAAGAUGGCGGCCGCCUCCUGGCUCAGCGGGGGCCUCUCCGGCCUCACGCACAUGGCUGCCACCUUCUCCAAGCCCUUCUGUGGAUCCAACGUGAUCCAACAUUUCUUUUGUGACGCUCCCCACCUCCUGGGCCACGCUAACUCCAGUGUGAUCCUCAGAGAAGCUGAAGUCACAACAUUUACUACAGGCCUCUCCCUGCUCUGCUUCAUUUCCACCAUCGUCUCUUACGUCCAUAUCUUCUCCGUUGUGCUGACGAUGCCAUCGGUGGAGGGCCGGUCUAAAGCCUUCUCCACCUGUCUGCCCCAGCUGGUCGUCGUCACUCUUUUCCUCUCCACAGGGGCCUUUGCCUUUCUAAAUCUGAAGUCAAAUGGUCCUUCAGGGAUGGAUCUGUUUCUGUCCAUGUUCUAUUCCAUAGUGCCUCCAGCCAUGAACCCCAUCAUCUACAGCCUCAGGAACAGAGAGCUGAAGGCCAGUCUGGGAAGGAUGUUAUAUGGGACAGGGUCCAACAAGGGAGAAAUGUUUGCUCAUCCAUUAGUCCUUUAG